AGCUGAAGAGAGACAGAAGCGGGAGCCAGAGAAAGGGAGAGCGCGGCAAGAGGGGUUAGGGUUUCUGAGCGAUCUAGAGAAUAGAGAAAGGGAAAAAGAGGAAGAAGGAUUCAUGGCAACUUCAGAGGGAGUGAUCGCCUGCCACAACAUCCAGGAGUGGAAGAACCAAAUCGAGUCCUCCAUCGCCUCCAAUAAACUGGUGGUGGUUGACUUCACUGCUUCAUGGUGUGGACCGUGCCGAUUCAUGGCGCCACUCUUUGCUGAGUGGGCCAGGAAGUUUGUUGAUGCUAUCUUCUUGAAGGUCGAUGUCGAUGAAUUGAGGGAAGUAGCAGAGGAAUGGAGAAUUGAAGCGAUGCCAACAUUUUUGUUGCUCAAGGAAGGGAAGGAAGUAGAGAGGAUAGUGGGAGCAAAGAAGGAUGAUGUUCACAAGAAAAUCACUGAGCAUCUGGCUCUUCCUGUUUCUGCAUAAGAAUGAAAUGCAUACUUCUGUUUAAAAUGUGAUGCCCGUGAAGUAAUUUGCUUUCGGAACCAUAUCUGUGUUGGUCAUGUACUGAACCACAUUAUAGACGCUUUGUCUCUUGUGCAUCGUUUUUUAAUAAUAUCUGGAUACUUAUGUUAUAGUUAUUCA